AUGUCGGAAGUUAAGGUUGGAAUUAUUGGAGGUUCUGGAUUCGACGAUCCAGAUUUAUUACAAGAAGCAAAGGUGCGAACAGUAACUACUCCAUUCGGAAACCCAUCAAGUUUUCUUACUGAAGGUUUUGUUGAAGGCGUCCCGUGUGUUGUGCUUCCCAGGCAUGGAAAGGAACAUUUACUUCCGCCAAGUGAGAUCAAUUAUCGGGCCAACAUUUGGGCGUUAAAAGAACUUGGGUGUACUCACAUAUUAGCCACUAACGCUUGUGGUAGUCUUCAGAAAGACAAAAAACCUGGUGAUUUCGUUGUUCUUAACCAGUUUUACGAUAAUACUCGAAAUCGAGAGCUUACGUUUUAUGGAAGUGGGCCUGGUUCACUGAAAGGAGUCUUACAUAUGCCGAUGGCAGACCCAUUUUGUGAAGAAACACGUCAGGUUCUAAUCAAAGCAGCUAAAAAUCUAUCACUGACUAUUCGUGAUAAAACGUGUAGUUCAGAUACAAUCAGCAAUCAUCCGUGUGUACAUACUGAAGGUUCUGUAAUUACGACUAAUGGCCCACGUUUCUCAACUCGUUGCGAAUCAUUGUUAUUCCAAAAAUGGGGUUUCGAUUUGAUCAAUAUGACGUUAGUUCCUGAAGUUUCUUUAGCUCGUGAAGCUGGCUUAAGUUAUGCUUCUAUAGCGAUUGUUACAGAUGAGGGACACGUCUGUGUUGACAUGGUCUUGGAACAGUUAAAUAAAAGUGUUGGUCGAGUUAGAAAACUCUUAUUAGAAGCUGUGAGAUUGAUUGGUGCUCGUGACUGGAGAAAAACUAUUGAAGCGAAUAAGGCGCUAGUGUUGAGCUCACGUCAAGACUUACUUCAUCAAGAAAGUAAAGGCAAAUAA